AUGCCACCAGAUACACGCACCCAGAACCACACCGAGUACCUCCAAUCCGGCCUCAUUCCCGUCGCCCCCACCAGCAUCGUAAACACAUGCAGUAUCUGCCACGAAUUCUACUCCUCGCCUGUCCUUCUCCCAGGAUGCGGACACAUCUUCUGCCGUACCUGCAUAACAGCAUGGUUCGCCACCGGGGCGAACACAUGCCCCAUGGACCGCAAAGUUCUAUUCCUCCCUUCGCCUACUGACACUGACGAGGAGGACAUGACAGAUCUCUACGGCAUGUCUGCUCUAGCUUCGAGACGUUUGAAUACGGCGACGACGGUGAGGGCAAGACGAGCGGUUGAGAACCUCUUCAUAGACGGCCAAAUCGUCGCUACCAACGCCGUCCUAACACGUCGCGGCUGCCAAGUCGUAAUCCAUGACCUAUGGUACCACACCGCUCGACUCUUACAAUCUCUCGAAGGCUUCUGUGACCGAGAGAUCGACCCUUUGGAUUUGGAUAUCGAGCUUUUGAGAAGCUACGCAUGUCGUCUCAAAGAGUUCAUGAUGAGACCACUUGAAGCCAACCAGGCCAUUUCCUCUUCCUCUCUCUCGACACGAUUCCUCUUCGGACAUAUCUUCUUUUUCCUCUCUCCGCCGGUGCCGCGAACAGGUCAGGUCGACCUCAUUCGAAGAUCCUUUGGAGUCGAUCUCGACUUCCUCACGCUGCCGUGUCGUCGCCCGCUCUCUCGAUACUCUCCCUUUGUCAUCCACUCUGUCUUCUGGAUCCCUCCCGGCUGCGACGAGACAUGUCCGAUCGACAAAUACUAG